AAUCACAAUGUCGAUUAAUUUGCGAACAGUAUAUGCUUUUGCUCGGGAAAUGUAUCAAAAGAAAUCGAACGAUCCCAUACAGUAUGGAACAGCUGGAUUCCGUGGAAAAGCUGAAAAUCUGGACAGCGUCAUGUUUCGUAUGGGAGUUUUGGCAACCCUAAGAUCUCGCGUACUUGGCGGCGCUGUCAUUGGUGUUAUGAUUACUGCUUCACAUAAUCCUGAACCCGAUAAUGGUGUUAAACUUAUUGACCCCAAAGGAGAAAUGUUAGAUCCCAGUUGGGAAUCUAUUGCCACAGAGUUAGCCAAUGUCACCGACCAAGAACUUGAAGAACAAGUUGGAAAAAUUAUCAAAGAGAAUAGCAUUGAUGUUAGUUCCUCAUCGAAUGUUUAUGUAGGAAUGGAUAAUCGUUAUCAUAGCCCACGCCUAUUAAAGGCCGUUGCUGAUGGUGUUAUUGCUUUGAAGGGAAACGUUAAAGAAUUUGGAAUUGUAACAACGCCAAUGAUGCAUUACUAUGUGGUGGCUGCCAAUACCAAAGGUGCCUAUGGACAGCCAACUGAGGAGGGCUACUAUACCAAGCUCAUUACAGCUUUCAAUGCUCUACGCGGUGAUAAAUUAGAAAACGGCAAUUACAAAAACCUGGUAUUGUUUGAUGGUGCCAAUGGUGUCGGGGCACGUAAAAUGUUACAGUUCAUCAAAAGGAUGAACAACACCCUACAAGUUGAUGUCUUCAACAAAGGCGAUGGAAGAAUUAACCAGGAUUGUGGUGCUGAUCAUGUUAAGGUACAACAAAAAGUCCCCAUAUGUAUGCCGAAGGCUGAACCUAACACACGGUGUGUCAGUGUGGAUGGUGAUGCGGAUCGUAUAGUAUACUUCUUCACCGAUGAGAAUGGUGUCUUCCAUUUAUUGGAUGGCGAUCGCAUUGCUACCUUAAUCGCCGAUUAUCUUAUGGACAUGGUCAAGAAAUGUGGAUUGGAACUAAACUUGGGUCUGGUACAAACAGCCUAUGCAAAUGGUGCUUCCACUGAUUAUAUUGUUAACAAAUUAAAAGUACCAGUUGCGUGUGUUCCAACUGGUGUUAAACAUUUACAUCACAAAGCUCUGGAAUUUGAUAUUGGUGUUUACUUUGAAGCCAAUGGUCACGGCACAGUUAUAUUCAGUGACAAUGCCAAAACUUUAAUAAAAAAGGCGGCGGACGAAGGAAAUGCUGAGGCAAAACAAUUCUUACUGAUUAUCGACGUCAUAAAUGAGACAGUUGGCGAUGCCAUAUCAGAUAUGCUACUGGUGGAAACUAUUCUAAAUCAUAAAGGUUGGGAUGUCAAGGAUUGGCUAGGUUGUUACGAUGAUUUGCCCAAUUUGCAAUUAAAAAUUAAAGUGCAAGAUCGCAAUGUCAUAACGACAACCGAUGCUGAGAGAGUUUGUGUAACUCCUGUUGGCUUACAGGAAGCAAUAAAUGAAGCAGUAGCUAACUAUAAACGUGGUCGUUCAUUUGUGCGGCCAUCAGGCACUGAAGACGUUGUUCGUGUCUAUGCUGAAGCAGCAACGAAAGAGGAUUGUGAAAGUUUGGCCUAUGAUGUCGGCAUUUUGGUACAUAAGAUGGCUGGUGGUGUUGGGCCAGAGUUGGUGCACCCAAACAGUUCUGUUAAAGCUCACUUCUAAAAGCUCAUGAAUUU